GCCGCACGGUUCGGUCCAUAGUCCAUCUUACAAACUUAUCUCACAACAUAAACAAUCGUCGCUCCUGAUAACUCACGUUUUUAUCGCUACAAAUCAUCCCUUAUUUUCUUUUUUUUUGCAAGGAUUAAUUUUCCCGCUCUGAUUUUGCAGUGGAAAAAAAAAAUAAAAUAAAUAAUGAUCGCAGUGAAAAAAUAUAAAUUUAUUGGAUAAUUAUUAUUUAAAACGACUGUGUUGUGAAUGGUGUGCAAGUGAAUUUUUUUUUGUUUGGAAAAAAAAAUUAAGUAAAAUAAAUUAAACUAACUAGUGACACUCGAGAGUGAUUGGUGGGUUUAUUUAUUUCGUUUUAUUGGUGCCAGUGAUUUGAAUUUAUUUUUAUUUUAUAUUUCUAAUCAAAGUAUUGAGCAUUCAGUUUGAAGUUUGAAGAAGAGCAGAGCGAUGAAUGGGACCCGUGGGUCCGGGUGAUAUUUUAAAUUGGUGGAGCGGGCGACUCAGAGCGAAUACCUUCAGUCAGGAUCCAACCAUGCCCGGAAUACUUAUCCUGUUCUCAAUUUUUGGCCUCCAGCUGGCAGCUGCCUCCGCAGACAAUUUGGGUUUGUUAUCAGGGACUUUAAAAACGUACCAACGAGCUGCCUGUGACGAGGAAACGAUGUCUUUGCGGUGUCCGCCGGGUACCACAAUCUCAAUUACUUUCGCGCGUUACGGUAGAGUCAACGACGCCACGGAAAAAUGCAUCUCCAAUAAAUUGCAUCCUUCUUCCGCUUCAAGUAGUUCUAGUACAUCAGUUAAUGAGACAUGUCUCCUCACCCACGAGCUCCAGUAUUCACUGUUGCAGAAUGUCGUGGAAAUUUGCCAGAAGAAGAGGAGUUGUAAAUUCAAUACCAACCCCAAAAAUUUUCAGUAUGAUCGAUGUCCACACUUGCCAAAAUACACUGAGGUUGCUUACAAGUGUCGUCCGUAUGAAUUUCGGAGCAAAAUUUCAUGCGAGCAUGAUGCAGUUAAUUUAGUAUGCUACCCGGGUAAACGUGUAGCGAUUCUGAGCGCAUCUUUCGGAAGAACUGAGUACGAAUCCUUGCAGUGCCCUCAGCCCCACGGAGUCAAAGAAGAAACAUGCACAACGCCACACGCAACGGAAAUAGUAAUUCAAUUGUGUCACGGAAAAAGAAAGUGCUCUGUAACCGCAAAUGGAACCACAUUUGGCGACUCGUGUAAACCAGACACGCGACCAUAUUUGAAAAUAAUUUAUACGUGUGUGCCCCGAGGAGUGUUGCAAGAGCAAUUUGUCGGAGACAUCGAGUCGGACGAGGUGGAUCUUGUGCCGGAGUUUGACGAGGGCUUCGACCGGACCGACUUCAAGACCGAGUUCAGCCCAAGCCCAAAUUUAGAAAAUCCAGAACCGCCGCUCAGAAAUAAUAAUGAAACGAUCGAUGCGACUACUGUCGACUCUACUUUGCCCCGUGCAAGGACAAACAAUGACAUUGCAGAAGAGGAUCUUGCGAUGGUUGGCUAUCUCAAUGAAUGGAUUAAUGCAUACUCAUUUAUCACAAGAAAUCAAGAAAAGUUUUACCUCUACAUAAUAGUGUCGGUAGCGGGUGGAGUGAUGCUGUUCCUAGGCCUUGUUAUCGGACGACUGCUAAUUAGCCGGCAUCGAGCUAAGCGGGACACUAAAUUUCAGGAGAAUAACGAAACUUUGCCGAAUGGGUUCAAUGAUGAAAUUUCCGAGAUCGACGCGGAUAUCGAUCUCUCCACCCCCGUCCCAGUUCCGAUGCCCGAGACCAGAAUACCAGAAACACAACUAGCAGAACGAUUACACGGUACAGAGCGUUAUUACACUGAUUCCCGAAUGCCAUUACCGAUGAUGGUCACCAGUGGAGUUGGCGUGGGAGGACUGGGAGUGGGUGGUGGUCCAGUGGGCGGAAUGGGCGGCGUAGGAGUGGGGGUAGGAGGAGGAAUGAAUUGUGGAGUCGGGGUACCGAUGCACCACCAAAUGCCGAUCCACCACCCGGGGGUGCGCGUCGAUCUCGGGAAUCACAUGAUCGGCGCGGACAGCCUCCACACUAUUUUAUCGACCGAAAACCUCCGAAAUAUACCGACGAACAAAAGCUACUAUUACGGCUGACAAGAAGACGGGGAUGUCCCUCUCCAGCACCAGGGGCGUCCCCUCUCGCUUAGCCACGUACACCAAUUCAGUACGAGAAAGUAUUGUUUUUAAAGUUUAAUAUUUAAAAUUAUUAUUAUUAUUAUUAAUAAUUAAUAUAGUAAUAAUAACUGAUACAUUAUUGACUAAUAAAUGGACUUUUAUUUUUAUCUUACAAACACAAGAGCACCUGGUUAUGAGACAGUGUAAAUAUUUGCAAGUAUGCGUGUCUGAUUUAUGUCCAAUUAUAAAUUAUUAUCAUUAAUUAUUAAUGAUCUGUAUAAAAAAUAUUGUAACUUGCGAUGUUAUAUAUUUCAAUGUAUUGUCUAUUGCUACUUAUAAUUAAUUAAAAAAAAAUUAUUGUAAGACCGACAAUAUUUAUUUAUAAAUAAUACUUAUAUUAAUUCAAGUAACUUUGCCCUUUAAUAAUUUUAAAAUAA